CUUCAGAAGUCCUUCACUCCUCUUGGCUGCGGACUGAGCUGAGGAGCAUCUCUCGCAUCAAUGGAUUUGCGUAAAUGGGUUUGGAGUAUCUGUGCAGCGGUUGGCUUGGUGCUCUUUGUCAGUGAACAUUCACGCUGUGAAAUAACCUGGGAGGUUCCGCGCUUUGACGGCUGGUACAACAGUUUGGGAUAUCCCCGACGCGGAGCUGUCGGUUCUCACCUUGUGCGCCUCGUGCCCGCGCAUUACUGGGACGGAGUCUACCAACCAGUCCAGGAGCCGCUGCUGCCAAACCCCCGCAGACUGAGCAGCCUUCUGGCCGCGGGGCCCUCCGGUCUGCCCUCCACACGCAACCAAACCGUGCUUUCUCUGUUCUUCGGUUAUCAUGUGACUUUUGAAAUUUUUGACUCAAGAACUCCAGGGUGUCCACCUGAGUUCAUGAACAUCCAUAUCCCAAAAGGUGACCCUGUCUUUGACCCUACUGCCACCGGAAAAGUUCUGCUGCCUUUUCAGAGAGGACCAUGGGACAAAGAGUCCGGCCAGAGUCCCAGUAACCCUCGCACACAGGUGAACUUGGUGACAGCAUGGAUGGAUGGCAGCUCCAUCUAUGGCCCCUCCGCAUCCUGGUCUGACUCCCUGAGAAGCUUCUCUGGAGGGCUCUUGACUUCAGACUCUGAGUGGAACAUGCCAAAUCAAGGAACAGGACGCAGUUUCAUGUGGAGUGCUGCUGACCCCUCUACAGGAGAUCAUGGAGCCCAUGGCCUUUAUGAGUUGGGAAAUGCCUGGGCCAAUGAGAACAUGUUCACAGCAGCAGAGGGGAUUAUCUGGUUUCGCUACCACAAUUAUGUAGCCUCCAGACUGCAUGAGGAACACCCAGAGUGGGCAGACGAAAAGCUGUUUCAAAACGCCAGGAAGACAGUUGUGGCCACAUUCCAGAAUAUUGCUCUCUACGAAUGGCUGCCUGGAUAUCUUGGAGACAAAAAGCUUCCUCCUUACCCAGGUUACCGGAAAUUUGUUGAUCCGGGGAUCUCUCCUGAGUUUGAGGCUGCUGCCAUACGAUUUGGCAUCACUAUGGCCCCACCUGGUGUUUAUAUGAGAAACAGAACCUGUCAUUUUCAGAAGAUUGUCAACAUAGAUGGCAGCUUAUCACCAGCAAUGCGUCUUUGUAACAGCUUUUGGAAACGGCAGAGAAUCAAUGUGAAGACUAGCCAGGAUGUAGACGACCUCCUCAUGGGCAUGGCUUCCCAGAUUGCAGAGAGAGAAGACAAUAUUGUUGUGGAGGACCUGAGAGAUUUCAUGUACGGACCCCUAAGGUUCACCCGGACAGAUCUGGUGGCCAUGACCAUCCAAAGAGGAAGAGACUUUGGUCUUCGUAGUUACACUGAGGUCAGAAAAGCUCUGGAUCUGCCUCCUGUCAAGACAUUUGAGGAAAUAAAUUCUGAGCUCAACAGCACCAACCCACAGUUGCUCCACGAUAUUGCAGAACUGUAUAACAGAGACAUCUCAAAACUGGAACUCUUCCCUGGAGGACUGCUGGAGUCUCUCGAUGGUCCAGGUCCAGUUUUCUCCGCCAUAAUCCUGGACCAGUUUGAACGCAUCAGAAACGGAGACCGCUUCUGGUUUGAGAACAAACAGAAUGGUUUGUUCACAGAUGAGGAGAUCCAGGUGAUCCGCAACAUGACCUUUCAUGACGUCCUUAUUGCAGUCACAAGUGCAGAAGCCACUGAUAUACAGAAUAAUGUGUUCUUCUGGAAGGAUGGUGAUCCUUGUCCUCAGCCCACACAGCUGAAUGCAUCAAUGCUCCAUCCCUGCACUAAUGCUACCAAACUUAAUUACUUUGAUGGGAGCAAAGCUGGCUUUGGGAUAUUCAUCAUUGUUCUGUUCCUCUUUCCUGUUGUUAGUUUUCUAGUGGCCUGUAUGGUGGCGUGUCUCCGCAAGUACAGGUACAGGAAGUUCCAGAGAAGAAGAAAAGCUGGUAACAGAACAGUCGAGCCAGCUGUGGGAAUCACUGCCUAUGAGUGGCAGGGCCAUAAAAAACCUCUGCAUCCUGUCAGUGUGGAGGUCGAUGAGAAGAGGAGGCUGCAGGUCUUUGACAGAUCUGGGUCCAUUCACCGUUGCCUCAACCUGGGCAACCAGGACUACCUAGAUGUCCUUCUCUCCAACGACCGUCACCACAAAGCUCUGCUGCUCAAAGUAUCAAAAGAGUACGACCUGGUGCUGUUUUUUGAUGACGAGAGCAAACGUGCAGCAUUUUUCAAGCAUCUGCACCCGGGGGUGACAGACAUUGGGCAGGAGAUUAGAGUGAAGGAGAUGAGAGAAGUGGAACUGCUGAAGGAGGCUUUAACCAGAGAGCAGAGGGCUCAGAUUGUGGAAACUUUCAUCCGACACGCUUUCUCUAAGGUCUUGGAAAUAGAGAAGUGUGACGCUGGGGACAUGAGUGGCGUUUCCCACAAGAAAGCCAAAGAGGUUCUCCAGUGCGAGCUGGCAGCGUCUGAGUUUGCAGAUGCGCUGGGCCUCAAGUCUGACUCCUUAUUUGUGGACUCCAUGUUCACACUAGCUGAUAAAGAUGGAAACGGUUACCUCUCCUUCCAAGAGUUUCUUGAUGUGAUGGUUAUCUUUAUGAAAGGGUCUCCUGAGGAAAAAUCCAAACUGAUGUUUUCCAUGAACGACAUUGGUGGAACUGGUUUCUUGUCAAAAGAAGAAUUUGCCAGGAUGCUCAGGUCUUUCAUUGAAAUCUCCAACGGUGCGCUGUCAAAGAGCCAGGCAGAGGAAGGCAUCAAGGCCAUGAUGCAGGCCGCAGGCUUUGAUGACAAGGAGAAAAUCACAUGGGAGGACUUCCAUUUCCUCCUGCGGGACCACGAGAAAGAGCUGCAGUUUGCCCAACUCAAUGUCAAAGGGAUGGAGAAACAAGGGGGGAAGAAGCUUCUGAGUCGAGACCAGAGAGUGUCCUUCAUCUGUCCAGCAAACAGCAGCAACAACACACAAGGACAGGAGAUACGCAGACGGAAAAAGUUAAGUGUCAACACUCCAAAUGUCUAUGUGAAGCCCAAGCGUGAGCAGUACAUAAGAAACCCAAUCCAGCAGAAGAUCCAGCAGUUCAAACGUUUCAUUGAGAAUUAUCGCCGUCAUAUUGUCUGCUUCAUCAUCGUUUACGGCAUCACAGCUGGCGUGACUCUUGAAAGAUGUUACUACUACAGUUUACAGGCCGAAUCUACAGGUAUCCCUGAGACUUCAGUGGUAGGCAUCGUCGUCUCCCGUGGCUCGGCAGCCGCCGUCUCCUUUCUGUUUCCCUACAUGCUCCUCACUGUGUGUCGCAACCUCAUCACGCUGUGCCGAGAGACGAUCCUCAACCGAUACAUCCCCUUUGAUGCUGCUAUCGAUUUCCAUCGCUUCAUGGCCAUGACUGCCAUCAUCCUAGCAAUUGUUCAUAGUUUGGGCCAUGUGGUCAACAUCUACAUCUUCUCCAUCAGUGACCUCAGCAUCCUGGCUUGUCUGUUCCCCAAAGUUUUAUCCAACAAUGGGUCUGAACUUCCUCAGAAGUGGUCGUGGUGGUUCUUUCAAACCGUUCCAGGAAUGACUGGUGUCUUGCUUCUUUUUACUUUUGCAUUUAUGUAUGUUUUUGCCUCACACUAUUUCCGUCGCAUCAGUUUUCGUGGGUUUUGGAUCACACAUUACCUCUACAUUGUUGUGUACAUUCUAACAGUUGUUCAUGGCAGUUUUGCCCUGCUCCAAGAGCCCCGUUUCUACAUCUAUUUAAUUCCACCUGCACUGCUCUUCCUGCUGGACAAACUUAUCAGCUUGAGCAGGAAGAAGGUGGAGAUCCCGGUGGUCAGAGCUGAGCUGCUGCCUUCAGGUGUGACACAUCUGGAGUUCAAGCGACCUCAGGGCUUUGUGUACCGUUCAGGCCAGUGGGUUCGCAUUGCAUGCCUGAUGUUGGGCACAGAUGAGUACCACCCAUUCACACUGACGUCAGCACCUCACGAAGAGACCUUGAGCCUGCACAUCCGAGCUGUGGGGCCCUGGACCAGCCAGCUCCGAGAGCUCUACACUGAAGAAAGCCUGCUCGAGCUCGGAGCCUAUCCAAAGUUGUACUUGGAUGGCCCGUUUGGUGAGGGCCAUCAGGAGUGGACUGACUUUGAGGUGUCUGUUCUGGUGGGAGGAGGAAUUGGAGUCACUCCAUUCGCCUCCAUCCUCAAAGACCUGGUGUUCAAGUCCUCCAUCAAGUCCAAGAUUCAGUGUAAAAAGGUGUACUUCAUCUGGGUGACACGAACACAACGUCAGUUUGAGUGGGUUUCAGACAUCAUCAGGGAGGUGGAGGAGAUGGACACCAUGGAGCUGGUCUCAGUCCACACUUACAUCACUCAGGUGGCCGAAAAGUUCGACCUCCGCACCACCAUGCUGUACGUGUGUGAGCGCCACUUUCAGAAGGUGUGGAAUCGCAGUCUCUUCACUGGCCUCCGGUCCGUCACCCACUUCGGCCGUCCACCCUUGGUGUCGUUUUUCAGCUCACUGCAGGAAGUUCACCCUGAGGUGGGUAAAAUUGGUGUAUUCAGCUGUGGACCGCCUGGACUGACCAAGAACGUGGAGAAAGCUUGUCAGCAGAUGAACAAGAGGGAUCAGGCCCAUUUUAUACAUCACUAUGAGAACUUCUAACGUGUCCUCAGCUCUGGACUACAUAGUUACAGAAGGAAUGAUGAGCCACUUUACGCUGGAGAAUAUAAGUUAAUUAGAAAUACUUUUACACCCACAAUCACAGCGCCAAUGUAGGAAGUUUUGAUUUUAUGUAAUGCCUUGAAGAGAAAAAUACUUGUUGCCUAUUGAUUAAAUGUGUACUGAUUCAAUUCUUCUUUACAUCUUUAUUCUAUAAUCAUAAAUAUUAUUGUUACAUUCAGUUCAAUCUGUCAAAGAUGAGAAAUUUAGUUUCAUAUAAUAUCAUAAAAUUAUUUUUAAUUGUGUAUCAUGUGAGUUUUUAUUUGCUGUUUGACUCAGAGAUGUAACUGGAGUUAGCUGUCAUUGUUUACCAUUUUACUAUAUGUUUUUGAAAUCAUAAUGUAUGGUUGAUUUCAUGUUAUUAAUUUCUUGUGCUCUUGUGUGAAAUAUAUCCGGACCAAAUAAAUUUACAUUUUACAAUA